CGGCCACAGGUAGUACAUACGUUUCCGGGUUCUGUUUGGAGGCGCAAGAGAGUUCGAAUUUCGGUGGCGGUGUUACUGUUAGUUACUGUUCAAAGAUGACUGUUUUAAGAAUUGCAGAGAUGACUUCAGUCCUGAAGAUAGUGGCGUUUUUCUGUCUCGGUGUCACAGGCAUGACAGGAGUAUACAGCCAGUGCACAGCCACUAAUGCAAACGAUUGGGUUGGCAUUCCCGAAGAAGACUACAAUCGCACUUAUAGCAGUAUUGACGAUGAGGAAGCCCGGCCCCUCGGUUUUGCUCGGGCAGAAAUAUACUACAGCGACAUCGGACUAGCCAACCCAUGCAUCAAAGUGACUGGUAUUGAAGACACGAGGGUAGAAGUAAUGGCUGAAUCCAAUCCGCCAGGCUCCAUAUUUUGCGUGACAGACCAGUACGAUCGUGAAAUUUGUGAUGCUAGAAUCUACGACUGUCGCCAGGCCAACAGACCAGAAGGUGGCGAGGACAGCAUUACGUUUGAGUUUUUCUGCGACUCCACCAGCUGCGAUGAAACGGACGUCAACAUCUUCUAUCGAUUCACCGUCAGCCCGCCCGGAGAUGUUCAGGACCCAGAGCUUUUCUGCGACUUCCGGGAUACAGGCGAGUACCCAAGCAGCUUGAACGCCCCACUGCCGACCAAUAGGAAUCUAGCAACUCUGCCACCUGACGACACGAACGGCGCCACCCGUCGGACUCAGCCCCUGGGGCUUGCAGUGCUGUCCAGUGUGCUCUGCCUUGUGUCAUCGUGGGCCUUGCACAUGUGAGAUAUCUGUCAAUGACGUACAAAACAAAAAAAUACAAAAUAAAGCAUUGAGAUAUUUUUUUUCUGUGGAGAUGGAAAUGUAAUUUAAUAUCGUGUUAUAGAUCUUGAAAAGUACAUGCAUACGCGAAUCUCGUUGUAGAUAUUUAGAUUUUUCACGUCUGUUUGUAAGCUCAUCUGAGAAAUUCUUGUGGAAGACAAUUGAGGGUGUUGAUGGUCGGUCAAAAUUAUCAUAUUAUUCCAGUGAAUUAUUGCAAUGAGCAGAAUUUUAUAGAAAUCAAAUUUGUACACCAAAUAAUUGAAAAUAUCAUGUACAUGUAUUUAAAAUAUAUAUGGGUAUGGAUAUGAAUGGGUGUAUUUGAGUAUAUAUAUAUAGGUAUAUGUUUGUCAGUCCAAACAUUUGGCGUCCAAUUUGUUUUUUGUGGCCCUGUCAUAUCUC